AUGGCUCCACCCGAGCAUCCUUUCCCAGUCAGCGACCUCGAGCGGCGCGUGCAUUACCACACCGUCAAUCUGAAAGAGAAGAGUAGGAAGUUGGGGGAUUUCGAUCUGAAGCGGGACUGCGAAUUGCUCGAGCUGGUCCAGUAUAGCUGCACCACCCUCGAGCAGCAGUACGAGCGAGCCCUGUCAAAUCCGCAGGGUGCACCCCGCAUGGAAUGCUUCCCUUUCGUACGAUUAUUCAGAAAAUGUGAAAAGAAUGGGAAGGUCUUCCACGUCGAAACGACCGCAUGGGAGGGCCCACAUGCUUGGAAACCGCCUGCGGAUUCCGGGCCAGUGGCGGGUGCGAUCAACAAACGCGACGAGGAGUCCAAAACUGAAUCUUCGGCAAAUCUCUUUGAAAAUUAUGGGAAUUUGUUUUGGUCUCAAAAAUGA